AUGUCCAAGCAAGCCGUCGAGGCCGUGCCGUUGAUGUUCGGCUUCAAAAAGCCUAGCAACCAGGACCCCAGCCAUCCCACGACGAUCGUCAUCUACGGCUUGGCCAAUGCCCGUCCUCUGCUCGGAGUUAAAUAUGUCGACGGCGCUAUUCCCACAUUCCCGGACCGUUCUCAUCUUCUCGGCCAUCCUCAAGCCGCUCUACCAAACGCUGGAAGCCCGCUCGCGCGCCAUGGCCCUCGGCGCGACCCGCUGAUCUCCCUGGCCAUUCGCCGUGACCCAGGCGCGGGGAGGCCCUGUUCUGGGCGGGCCUGCACGGUGACGGGCGGCUGGUCGGGGCGACCGAGCGCGGCCUCGUUCAGCACGGCCAUCAUGAACGACGCGCACCUUUUCGGACGCGCGCGAAGCGAGCGGCUGUACCUCUACUCCAAGGAGGACGUUAUCAUCCACUGGGAGGACAUCGAGAGAAAGGCACGCGGCUGA